CAAAGCACAGGAGACCAACGUACCAGCUGUGAGCUCCAAUCUAAAUAGGAUUUUUUACACUCAUAAUGAGGUUGAAAAUUGCAUGCUCCCCUUUCCUGAACCCUUUAACGGGAUUGGUUUAUUUUGCAUUUCUGCAGCCAGCAUCCUCCAACCCAUGUGACCAGAAUGAAAUAUGUGUCAGGUAUAUCGAACAGCCCUUUAAUGUAUGGUAUGUAUGGGUCUUCCUGAUUUUGCUGCUAAUCUUUAUUUUGCGCUGUUUGAUCUCCUGCUGCCUACAAUGCUGGAUAAAGAGACGCGCAAGAUAUUCAUCUAGACAUACAGUCACUGUGGUUACCUUGAGCAGCUUGGAUUCUGUAUACGGUAAAUGAAAAUUUAAUCAGAGAAACCCUGUUCCUGAGUGGAUUUGUUGUUUAGCUACUUUAGCUGUUACAGAAAAACACAAAUUCAAAUUACCGUUCAGGGGCUGGCAGCCAGGUCCUUUGCUCAAAUGUUGGAAAAACUGAAAAGGAAAAAAUCAUUUUUAAUGACAGACAAAUGAAGACUUUUUGCCUUUUACAGGUGUAAGAAUAUUCAAAUAUGUAAACAAAAUUAUAGGGAUACAUUAUACCUAAGGCUUACCUGGGAUAUAUUUGGAUUUCCAGUUUACAAGAAAAUAUAUAUAUCAAGGGGUCUUGAUAAAGGUCUUAAAUGGAGACCGAAACAUUGGUCUGUUUUUAGAUGUUUUAAAUAAAAGUAUUUUUUAUCUUUUUAUAAGGAAGGUUCCCAGUGUGCACCUUUUUUCAUGAGAUAUGUGAUUCCAGUACAGUUUUGGU